GGUUCAGUUUGCGAGUAAAACCGUUUAUGUAUUAAUGAUCUGUUAUUCGAGAUAUCACUCAUGCACAGUGCGAUUUUUAAAAACUUAAAACGGUUUCAUACAAGGAAGCUGUUAAUAAGUAGUCAAACGGAAUUAAAAUCCUCUUAUACAAAUUCGUCUGUAAUGAGAAACAUCACACAGGUCGCUUUAAUAGACGAGGAAAAAAUUUUUCAAGUAAAUACAAUGCAGUCGGAAUUGCAUACUUUGUCUUGGUUAUACAAAACUGCACCGUGCUUUCCUAUAAAUGGAUCUAAGAUUAAGAUCAUUCACGAACCUAGCGUAUUUUAUUCCACUCUCAUAGAAAAGUGUAAAAACGCAAAGAAAAGAAUCACAUUUGCAUCCUUGUAUUUAGGCACAGGAAAAUUAGAAUCUGAUUUAGUAAAAGCUAUAGAUCAAGCAUUAAAUCUAAGUGAUGGUAAUGUAGAGGUUAAAAUUUUAUUGGAUUUUAUGAGAGGCACCAGAGGUAAAUUGAAUUCGUGUAAAAUGUUGGAAACUUUGCUUAAUGGAAAAUAUGGUCACUGUUGUCAGAUUUUCCUCUACCAUACACCUAAACUUCGAGGACUGUUAAAGAUGAUAAUGCCAGAUCGCUUUAAUGAGCUAGUAGGACUGCAACACAUGAAAUUAUAUUUAAUAGAUAAUGAUAUAAUAAUUAGCGGUGCUAAUCUUAGCAAUGAUUAUUUUACAAACCGACAAGACCGUUAUUUCGUAAUUGACGAUUGCAAGGCACUUUGCGAUUUUUAUAACGAAUUAGUCGAAAGGGUAGGAGAAUUUAGCUUUUUACUUCAGCCAAAUGGAACUACAGUAUUAAAUUCUGCCGCAAAUGUUCAUCCCUUUAAAGAUCCCGCCAAAAAGUUUAUCGAAAAAGCCGCUGAUAGCGUGAGAACAUUUUUCCAAAAGGAAUUAGAACGCUCUAAUUUUGAAAAUAUAGAAGAAACAGUUUCGAAUACAGACACUUGGGUCUUCCCCUUGAUACAAAUGGGUCAACUAAAUAUUCACCAUGAUAGUCAUAUAACGUUAAAACUCUUACAAACGACACCACCAGGUACAACACUUAGAUUAGCAACUGGCUAUUUUAAUUUAACUUCCGAAUACAGCAACGCGUUGCUUAGAGACUGUCAAGGAACGUGUCAUCUUUUAACAGCACAUCCAACUGCCAAUGGUUUCUUUUGUGCCAAUGGUAUCGCUGGUGGCGUUCCAGCAGCGUAUACUAAAAUAGAAAAAUCAUUUAUCAAACAUUGUAAUCGAAUGGGCCAACAAAAACGUGUGACUUUAUGGGAAUUUAUUAGACCAGGAUGGACGUACCACGCGAAAGGAUUAUGGUAUUCUUUACCAGGUCAAGAAAAGCCUUGUCUCACACUUAUUGGAUCGCCUAAUUUUGGUUACAGGUCAGUAAAAAAAGAUUUAGAGACUCAGAUUGCUGUGGUGACAAAAAAUCAAAAGCUACAAAAUGAAUUACAAAAGGAACACGAACGUUUAUUUUCAUGCGCAAAGCCAGUAACAAAAAAAACAUUUUUCGAACAAGAUAGAAUUCCGCCAACAUGGAUAUGUGCCUUAGUGGUCCUAUUUCGAUAUUAUUUUUAAAUAAUAUAUAUGUUAUACCUGUGGAAUGUCCGCCGUACGUAAUUUAAAUUAUACUUAAUUUAUACAAGAAUAGAAUUAAUUUAUAGU